GCCCAUCACCCUCUCAUUGCCCACAUCAAUGCAAGCUACUAUUAUAAUCAAAUUAUUAAUUAUUUAAUUUACAUUUAAUAUUUAUAUAGUGACUGCUUUUCUUCUUCUUUUCCCCAACAUCUCUCUCUUCACUUUCUCUCCUCUCUUCUGCACUGAUACCGGUUGAGUGUGAUGGCGCAAAUUCUACUGCACGGGACUCUCCAUGUCACCAUCUAUGAGGUCGAUAAGCUCAAGACAAGUGGUGGCAAUGUUUUCACCAAGCUGGUGCAAAACAUCGAGGAGACAGUUGGUUUUGGAAAAGGAGUUACCAAACUGUAUGCAACCAUUGAUCUGGAAAAAGCACGAGUUGGAAGAACCAGGAUUAUAGAAAAAGACCAUAGUAAUCCCAGAUGGUACGAAUCUUUUCACAUUUACUGUGCCCACAUGGCAUCAAACAUCAUCUUGGAUGGUGAGGAAGUAGAUAGAUGGGUUGAGAUAUUGGAUGAGGAUAAGAACCCAAUUCAUGGGAACUCAAAGAUUCAUGUGAAGCUGCAAUACUUUGAUGUCACAAAAGACAAGAACUGGGCACGUGGUGUUAGGAGUGCUAAAUUCCCUGGUGUUCCUUACACCUUCUUCUCGCAAAGAAGAGGCUGCAAGGUUUCUCUUUACCAGGAUGCUCAUGUCCCUGAUAAUUUUGUCCCCAAAAUACCCCUUGCUGGAGGCCAGACUUACCAGCCUCAUAGGUGCUGGGAGGAUGUGUUUGAUGCAAUCGAAAAAGCGAGGCACUUGAUAUACAUAACCGGUUGGUCUGUUUACACUGAGAUAACAUUGGUGAGGGAUACAAGGAGGCCAAAGCCUGGUGGAGACUUAACGAUUGGUGAGCUUCUCAAGAAGAAGGCGAAUGAGGGUGUCAGAGUCUUGAUGCUUGUUUGGGAUGACAGAACAUCUGUUCCAUUGUUGAAAAAAGAUGGGUUGAUGGCUACUCAUGAUGAAGAAACUGAGAAGUACUUCCAAGGAACUGAAGUGCAUUGUAUUUUGUGCCCUCGGAAUCCUGAUGAUGGUGGAAGCAUUAUUCAGGAUUUGCAAAUCUCUACAAUGUUUACUCAUCACCAGAAGAUUGUGGUGGUGGAUAGUGAUAUGCCUAGUGGAGAUUCGGGUAAGAGAAGGAUAGUGAGCUUUGUUGGGGGUAUUGAUCUCUGUGAUGGAAGAUAUGACACUCAAUUCCACUCACUUUUCAGAACCUUGGACACCGCACACCAUGAUGACUUUCAUCAGCCAAACUUUGCCGGUGCUUCCAUCAUGAAAGGUGGUCCUAGGGAGCCUUGGCAUGACAUCCACUCUCGCCUCGAAGGGCCUAUUGCAUGGGAUGUUCUGUUCAACUUCGAGCAGAGAUGGAGGAAGCAAGGUGGAAAGGACUUACUCAUUCCACUGAGAGAGCUUGAAGAUGUCAUCAUCCCGCCAUCCCCAGUAACAUUCGCGGAAGAUCCCGAGACAUGGAAUGUUCAGUUAUUCAGAUCAAUUGAUGGUGGAGCUGCUUUUGGCUUCCCAGAGACUCCUGAAGAUGCUGCCAGAGCUGGCCUUGUUAGUGGAAAGGAUAACAUCAUAGACCGUAGCAUCCAAGAUGCUUAUAUCCAUGCAAUUAGGCGCGCAAAGAAUUUCAUCUAUAUCGAGAAUCAGUAUUUCCUGGGAAGCUGUUUUGGAUGGAACCCUGAUGGCAUUAAGCCUGAGGACAUUGGUGCUUUGCAUCUAAUUCCAAAGGAGCUUUCACUUAAGAUUGUAAGCAAAAUCGAAGCCGGGGAGAGGUUCACUGUGUACAUUGUGGUUCCAAUGUGGCCAGAGGGGUUCCCAGAGAGUGGUUCAGUUCAAGCCAUAUUGGAUUGGCAGAGGAGGACAAUGGAGAUGAUGUACAAGGAUAUAGUUGAGGCACUCAAUGCCAAGGGAAUUGUGGAAGAUCCCAGAAACUAUUUGACAUUCUUCUGCCUUGGCAACCGGGAAGUCAAGAAGCCAGGAGAAUAUGAGCCUUCAGAGAGACCAGACCCUGAUUCUGAUUACAUAAAAGCCCAGGAGAACCGUCGAUUCAUGAUUUAUGUCCAUGCCAAGAUGAUGAUAGUUGAUGAUGAAUACAUAAUCAUUGGAUCCGCAAACAUCAACCAGAGAUCAAUGGAUGGUGCAAGAGACUCGGAAAUAGCCAUGGGAGCUUAUCAGCCAUACUAUUUGAGUGCAAGGGAGCUAGCAAGGGGACAGAUCCAUGGUUUCCGCAUUGCGCUGUGGUAUGAGCACCUUGGCAUGAUCAGAGAAUCCUUCCUCCAACCUGAGAGUGAAGAAUGUGUCAAGAUGGUGAAUCAGGUUGCUGACAAGUAUUGGGAUCUGUAUUCCAGUGAGUCCCUUGAGCAUGACCUCCCCGGCCACCUUCUGCGCUACCCCGUUGGCGUUGCCGGUGAUGGAACUAUCACCGAGCUUCCAGGAUUUGAGUUCUUCCCUGACACAAAGGGUCGUGUUCUUGGAACCAAAACUGAUUACUUGCCCCCUAUCCUUACUACUUAACUGAUUUCAUUUUGUACUUUGAUUUGUUCAUAUACUAUGUUACAUUAUAUUAUAUUAUGUAGUACUUUUUUAGUACUUGUGGUUUUUUAAUUUAAGUGAGGAAUAAUUUUAAUGUCUUUUAGAGAUGGAUUGCUAGAUGUUAACCAUCUGAUGUUAUGGUUGUUGUCGGCUUGUAUGACUUCAGUUAUAUAAUGUGAGAUGUAAUGUUUCUGGUUUUCUUAAACAGGGUUUCUUUUGUUC